AUGGUGGUGAUGGCUGGCUUCGUUGUGGCCAUGGAGAGAAUUGGUGGCGGCUUGAACAUGAAGGAAGAAGCAACUCGUGAUGAUGGUGAGGGUCUUACACUCAAAGUUGCUUUCGUUUCUUCCAUUUACACAGACCUUGCGCCUUUCCCCCAUGACAUCAGGACGCCGAACCAAGAACUCCUCUCGCGGCGUUACCGUUGCCACUCCUCUGCAGUUUUGAAGAAGAGUGAUGAAGAUGUGGAAAGAAGAGAUGAAGAUGAUAUUAUUCUGGGUGUGAAGCGGUUGCUUGGUUCUUAUAUUAAGGAACGGAGGGAGUAUAAUGUUAAAAAUGUUGUAAAUAAACCUGUACAACGCGUUAUAUCUAUUGUUAAAAAUAUUGAAAUUGCAAAUGAUGAGAUUGAAACAGGAAGGGGGGGAAAUCAAAUUGGCACACUACAAAGACCCGGUGACACUAGAUGGAGUUCCCACUUAAAUUCAAUAACCCAUCUUUUACGAUUGUAUAAUGCAACAACUACGGUUCUUGAAGACUUGGCCAUUGAAGGAUCUACUUAUUCUCAACGAGGUGAUGCCACUUAUGCUUUCAAAUCAUUGAUGUCAUUUGAAUUUGUUUUCAUUUUACACUUGAUGAAAGAACUUAUGGGAAUCUGUGACAAACUUUGUCAAGCUUUACAAAAAAAGACUCAAGACAUCUUGAAUGCUAUUUGUCUGGUGUCUACCACAAAAUCAUUAAUUCAAGAGUUAAGGGAUUUUUGUUGGAAUUCUCUUCUACAAAAUGUUAGAUCUUUUUGUGAUACUCGAUCUAUUGAAGUUUCAGACAUGAGCUAUUCUUUCUCUGACAUAAUUCGAUCUCGUCGUCAAAAGGAUAAAGUGACAAUAGAGCACCAUUACCGUAUUGAUGUACUUAAUGUUGUCAUUGAUUAUCAGUUGAAAGAAUUGAAUAGCAGGUUUAGUGAGCAAGCAACUGGACUUCUUAAAUUGAGCACAACUUUAGAUCCUAAGGAUUCAUUCAAGUCAUUUAAUGUUGAGCAUAUCUGUAGUCUUGUUGAGAAAUUCUAUCCUUCGUAUUUUUCUGGCCAAGAAAAGAUUCAGUUACCAUAUGAAUUGCAACAUUAUGAAUUUGAUUUGAUCAAAGAUGUCAACUUUCAUAAUUUGUCUACUAUUGCAACCACUGAACGUGCUUUUUCAGCUAUGAAAGUUAUAAAAACAAGGUUGCGCAACAAGAUGGAAGAUGAUUUUCUCACUGAUUACAUGGUUGUUUAUAUUGAAAAGGAAAUUGCUGAAAAAUAUACCAGUUUCAUCUUUAUCUACAAUGUAGACGCACUUUUGUGCUGA